AUUUUCUCUUUGUUACAGGAACAUAGUGUAUAACCUGAGCUUCCCGGACCUCGUCGAGCAACAAAGGCUCACCUGGUAUUCCAAUGAAUACGAUGCCAGGAUGUGCGUGGUUAAGGGAAAGGACGAGGAAAACUGCCAAAACUACAUUAGGAUCCUCACAAAAACCUCGCAAGGAAGACUUCUGACUUGUGGUACCAACGCGUUCAAACCACAAUGUCGGGAGUACAACAUUUUCGACAAGAACUACACCGUUGAGAAGGAAAAACCUGGGCAAGCACUAUGUCCAUACGACCCAUAUCACAACUCAACUGCCAUAUAUGUUGAUGGAGACCUUUAUACAGGUACCGUAGCGGAUUUCAGCGGAAUGGACCCCAUCAUUUAUAGAGAACCGCUACAAACAGAGCAGUACGACUCCAUGAGUCUCAAUGCCCCAGACUUUGUCGGCUCCAUGACCCAGGGGGACUUCGUCUAUUUCUUCUUCAGGGAGACCGCUGUCGAAUACAUCAAUUGCGGAAAGUCUGUCUUCUCUCGAGUAGCCAGAGUAUGCAAGAACGAUAGAGGAGGACCUCAUAGAUUCAGGAACCGCUGGACUUCCUUCCUGAAAUCCAGGCUGAAUUGUUCAGUUACAGGCGAAUUCCCCUUUGCCUUCAACGAGAUUCAGUCUACGACAGAAUUAAUCGACGGCAAAUAUGGCGAUACUAGUGCUCAACUGGUAUAUGGUGCCUUCACAACGCCUCCGAACAGCAUUUCUGGAAGCGCAGUUUGCGCGUUCAGUCUCCAGGAUAUCACGGACACUUUUGAGGGCAACUUUAAAGAACAGGCCGCUAUAAAUGCUAACUGGCUCCCAGUUCCAUCUAGCAAGGUGCCUGAUCCACGGCCGGGCCAGUGCCAUAACGACAGCCGAACACUUCCAGAUCUGACGCUCAAUUUCAUAAAAACUCACUCGCUGAUGGAUGAAAGUGUCCCCAGCUUUUUUGGACAGCCUAUCGUUGUUAGGGCUAGUUUUCAUUACCGCUUCACCCAAAUAGCAGUAGAUCCUCAAGUGAAAGUACCAGGAGGUAAAGCCUAUGACGUGCUGUUCAUUGGAACUGUUAUCAAGGCAGUGAACGGCUUAUCAGCGGACCAAAGGUACGGUGUCCGCACGGUGGUCAUAGAAGAGAUCCAGGUGUUUCCUUCUCACGUUCCUGUGAGGAACCUGAAAGUGGAAAGAGGAACCAAGGGCGAGAAGGGAGGAGAAACUAGGAUCAUUGUUGUAUCGGACUCUGAAGUGCAAUCGUUGAGGGUGCAUCGCUGUGAUAGCAAUAAGAUAUCUAGCUGCAGCGAAUGCGUGGCCCUGCAAGAUCCCUACUGCGCCUGGGACAAAGUCCAAGGUCGUUGCCGGAGCGCGAUGGGCGGCCGAUGGGGCGACGAAUCCCACUUUUUCCAGAGCGUGGCCAAAGGGGAGCACACCGCGUGCCCCCCGAUGCCUGGGAGACCCUCCCAACUGGACGCAAGGGACGCCGGAAGCCCCGGGGGUCUCAGCUCGCUUUCGGGGGCCGGCUUAGGUCAAAGGGGCCAAAGAGGGGAACACAGGCUCAUGCUAGAUGUGGAUGCGAUGGGCAUCGGGGAGCAGCAAGACACUGCCGGGGGGCAGGUUAUCAAUAUCGUGCAUGAUAAGCCGUACGAUGCUGGAGGUCCUGCGGUAACUGCAGCAGACGCCCUACCAACCCAAUACUCCGUCGAAACCCUUAUCAUGGCUGUGGUCGCGGGCUCCGUGUCAGCCCUCGUUGUGGGUUUCUUCGCCGGCUACCUUUGUGGAAGGAAGUGCCAUAAGGACGAGGAUGACAACCUGCCAUAUCCCGACACGGAAUACGAGUACUUCGAACAGCGGCAAAAUAUGAACAGUCGAAUCGCUGCCGAGCCGAAACUUCUCCCUCAGGAAGAAGUCACGUACGCGGAGCCCGUUCUGGUACCACAGCCUCCGCCGAAGUUGCAUUCUCCAAAAAGCACGCUGCGCAAACAGAACAACUCCACGUCGGCAGCGGAAACGCUCUUCCAGUUCCAAACGGACGCGGCCGGUGGUUACAACAACUCCAGGGAUUACAGGACCGGCAGGGAUAAUUUCGGCACGUUGAGGUCGCAUCAGCGUCAAGAAGGUGUACUUGUGAGAUAA